GCCAAAUUUCUGAAAAGAAAAAUACGCGCUGGUUCUAUAGAUGUGCAUCCAACUGAAAAAGCACUUGUUGUGCACUAUGAAACGGAGGCUACAAUUCUUGGGGAGUUGGGAAAUCCAAUGGUUGGUGAUCGAAAGGAAAGUCAAAAAAUAAUUCGUGUUAGAAAUCUGAAUGAAAACACAAAUAUCCCUGAGCUGGCCAAAAAGAUCAUCUCAAGCUGUAAAUUGAUAUCGGAAAACAAAUAUCCACAAGUUGAACAUUUGCUAAAGUAUUUGCUGAAGAGAAAAGAGACGAAGAAAGUUAAAAAUCAAAAACCGUCAAUCAUAUCAGAAACACUUGCUGAUCCCGGAGCGUUCGAUUCAACUGAAAUAAAUGAAACUGCUCAUUUGACUGAACUAGAGGAUUAUUUAGAACUACUCUAUGAAGGUAUAUCAGAAAAGCUACGUGCAUCGGCUUUGAUCUUACAACUUGCGAGAAAUUCUGACAAUUUAGAGGAGCUGUUUCAAAAUGAAACCCUUGUUGGUGCUUUGGCAAGAGUUCUGCGUGAAGACUGGAAAAAGAGCACAGAUUUAGCAACAAACAUAGCCUAUAUAUUCUUCUGUUUUUCUUCCUUCUCAAAUUUCCACGGGGUAAUAUUGCAUUUCAAAAUUGAUAUGUACGGUGGUGUAAACUUUUUAUCUAAUGAAAGAGUGAGUCCGGCAAUGACGGUUAACAGUCAGUAUGACUCAGAUUCAGAUACUACUCAAAAAGGGAGUGGUUCACGUAAUACAGAUUAUGAAAAUGAUAUACAAGAGAAUAAGAUACCUAGUUCAGGAUUAGAAUAUUUUAAUACCCGAAACAAUAUCAUUAAUAAGUUGAAAAAGUAG